UCCCUUACUUUCUUCACAGUCACUAUAUAUAAAAGAACUAAACCUUCCAAUUAACGCAUUUGAGUGUGCCCUAUCAUCGCUAUUCUUCUACUGUUUGCAUUAAACAACUCCUGAAAUUCAAAGACACACACUGCAUCGUGCGUUACGGUUCGUGUGAUGGACUUGUCAGAUGCUGUAAUUGUCAAAUCCAGUAGGUUGAAAUCUGUUGUAUGGAAUGAUUUUGAUAGGAUCAAAAAAGGCGAUACCUGUGUGGCUGUUUGUAGGCAUUGCAAGAAGAAACUGAGUGGAUCAAGUACGAGUGGAACAUCACAUUUAAGGAACCAUUUAAUCAGGUGUCAGAGAAGGUCUAACCAUGGUAUAGCACAAUACAUUACAACGAGAGAAAAGAGAAAGGAAGGGACUGUCACAAUUGCAAAUUUCAAUUUUGAUAAAGAUCAGAAAAAAGAUGAAUCCCUUAACCUUGUGAAUAUUAAAUUUGAGCAGGAGCAAUCAAAAGAUGAAACUGUCAAUACUGGAAACAGUAACUUUGAUCAAAGGCGGAGUCGAUUUGAUAUCGCUCGCAUGAUUAUUCUACAUGGAUAUCCCUUGGCUAUGGUUGAUCAUGUGGGUUUCAGAGUAUUUGUAAAAAAUCUACAGCCAUUGUUUGAGCUAGUGACGUUGAAUAGGGUUGAGGGUGACUGUGUUGAGAUUUAUGAGAAAGAGAAACAAAAGAUGAAUGAGAUGUUGGAUAAAUUGCCUGGGAAAAUCAGCCUUAGUGUUGACAUGUGGACUGCUAUGUGUGAUUCUGAGUAUCUGUGUUUGACAGCAAAUUAUAUAGAUGAAUCAUGGUUGUUGAGGAGGAGGAUUUUAAAUUUUAUCAUGAUUGGUCCUUCCUAUACUGAAGACAUGCUUUCGGAAGCUAUCAUGACUUGUCUGAUGGAUUGGGAUAUUGACCGUAAGUUGUUCUCCAUUGUAUUAGAUAGUUCUUCCAGUGAUAAUAUUGCUAUAAGAAUCGGUGAACGACUUUCGCAAAACAGGUUUCUUUAUUGUAAUGGUCAAUUAUUUGAUAUUCGCUGUGUUACAAAUGUUCUUAAUGUCAUGGUUUGGCAUGCUUUGGGAGCUAUCAGUGGAAUAGUCAAUAAGAUUCGAGAAAGUAUUCGAUAUAUUAAAAGUUCACAAACAGUACAGGCAAAGUUCAAUGGGAUGGCUAAAGAAGUUGGGAUCAUGAAUAAAAAAUGCUUAUAUUUAGAUAAUCCAUUGAGAUGGGAUUCCACGUAUUCAAUGCUUGAAGUUGCCUUAGAAUUCAGGGAUGUUUUUAUUCUUUUGCAAGAAAAUGAUGAUGCCUAUACAACCAGUUUAUCUGAUGUUGAAUGGGAGAGAGUCACUGCCGUAACUAGCUACUUGAAACUUUUUGUUGAGGUUACAAAUGUUUUCACUAGGGGCAAGUAUCCAACUGCAAAUAUAUAUUUCCCUGAGCUCUGUGAUGUUAAGUUGCAUUUGAUCGAAUGGUGCAAAAAUUCAGAUGAACAUAUUAGUUCUUUGGCAUUAAGAAUGAGAAGCAAGUUUGAUGAAUAUUGGGAGAAAUGUAGCUUAGGGUUGGCAGUUGCAACCAUGUUGGAUCCUAGAUUCAAGAUGAAAUUGGUAGAAUAUUACUAUCCACAAAUCUAUGGUAGCACUUCUGGUGGUCGCAUUGAUGAGGUUCUUGAGGGUGUGAAGGCUCUAUACAAUGAACAUUCGAUAUGCUCCCCAUUAGCUUUCAAUGAUCAGGGUAUGGACUGGCAAGUUGGCAGUGGUCCACUUUGCUUACCCAGUUCUGCAAAGGACUCUAGGGAUAGACUGAUGGGGUUUGACAAAUUCCUCAAUGAAACUUCUCCGGAUGAAGAUGUAAAAUCCGAUCUAGACAAGUACUUAGAAGAGCCUCUCUUUCCACGCAAUGUUGAUUUCAGCAUUUUAAAUUGGUGGAAAGUCCACACUCCCAGGUAUCCUAUCUUAUCCAUGAUGGCACGAAAUCUUUUAGGAAUUCCAAUGUCAAAAGUUCCACCAGAGUUGGCAUUUAAUAAUAGUGGAAGAGUCCUUGAUCGUGAUUGGAGCUCACUCAAUCCUGCUACUGUCCAAGCUUUGGUGUGUUCACAAGAUUGGAUUCGGAGUGAAUUGGAAAAUUAGGAAUUGCCUCUACCCUGCAUUCUAACUCUAUAUCGCCAUUAUAAGUUACUUCUUCUAACUGUCAAUUCUCUUGACCUUUUGUAUGUCAGAUUCUAUUCUGUCCACAGCCUUAUGCAACUUAGAUUUGAAAGUUGGUUU